AUGGGAGAAGCACCUUUGUCUCUGACCUUUCUAUGCCAGGGAUUUGCAUUUGCUAUUCCACAGUCUAUCGCGCGAGUGCAGUCUCCGAAGCUCGCAGCUUCUCUCGAUGCCGCCCAGAAAAUAUCUCAGAAUCCGGUUAUCACCGUCAAAGACUUCUCUCUAGACACGGUAAACUGUAUGGUUGAAUUCUUCAAGUCUGGUUGCUAUGAAGUCGACCGAAGGAACUUGCCAAGUGUGCUUCAAGCUGGCUCACCAGCUCCGGAGCAUUUCAUGCGCGAUGUAUUAACCUGCCAUCUUCAAAUAUGCGCCAUCGGUACCCACUAUGGAGUUCCCAAGCUAUGCGAGCUUGCUAGAGACAACAUUCAGAAGGUCUUUGGAGGGAAAUGGUUCGACUCGGUUUUCCUUUUCACUGCCGCCGUUGUCUUGAAGUCAAAGGACGAUAAGCUGCAGAGAUUACUUGUUACUCUUGCGAGAGGGCACCUACAUUCUCUAACAACUUCGAACGGCUUCGACCAUGUAACGAUGCUCAAAAGCUUUCAUCCCAAGCUUCGAGAGCCAGACGAUAUUCUUCAGAAAAAUGGAGAUCAAGCGAAUUCAGCAACGGCUCCAUCGAUCAAGAAAGAGGGGUUUACCGAGCUCGAGGCCCUCCGACUCCAAGUCUCUUCUCUGAAACAACAAGUUAUAACAGUCUCCAGUGAGCGAGAUCAACUCCGAGAGCAGAUAUCGGCUGCUUCAGUCGAGAGGGAAGAACUACGACAGAGCCUCGCAGAUACUGCCGCCGAGCGAUACUUAUUGCAAAAUGAGUUGUCAACCCUAGCAGCCGAGAAAGAAAAGGUUCGGGAGGUUUUGGAGGAAAUGUCCGCUCCGACAGACCACGGUGGACAGGGCACAAGGGCUACAUAUAACAAGAAAUCUCCGGCGGAAGUCAAAGCAGAAGAAAGCGAAAAGGUAGUGGAGACACUUCAACGAGAGCUGAGAGUCACAAGGUCCGAGAGUGGCUUGCUCAAGGCCAGAUGGGAUAAAGAAAAGAUAAAGUCGUCCAUCCUUACUCAAGAGAAUAACGACUUGAAGAAAUCCCUCGAGCUCGAGAGACGCAGCAGGGUCAGCAUCACAGAAUUUGCACGAGACGAUGUUCGAAAUGCCCUCAAAGACGAGCAGAAGGUGACAACGGACUUGACCACGAGGCUCACCCAAGCCACACAGACCCUCGAGGCAGAAAGAAAGCGCACAGCAACUCUAGUGCAAGAAGUCACUCAAACCAAGAGGGAUCUUGAACUGGAGAGACACAGAAAUUCUAGCAUACCGCUAAGGGAGCGAGACAGGAUGCAGGAAACUAUUAGUGCCCAGAAAAGCGAAAUUUCGGCGCUCGUUAGAGGGCGAGACGAAAUCAAGAGGGAACUAAAGAUGGUGAAAACCGAGAAGAAAAAUGAGAUUGACAGAAAAUGGGAGAUCACCAACAAGAUGAAUGCGUUAAUCCAGACAAUGGACGAGUGGGACGAGUGCCGUCAUUGCGGUGCCGACUUUGGGUCUAACAUGUCACCCAGCAACGGAAAGUACGUCGUCUUCGACAUUGUCGGGACCUGCGUCUCAUACGACAAGCUUACCGAAGCAGUCGAAAAGCAACUCGGUGAAAAGCUACGGGCGGAGAAUGUGAAGCCCAGCCUUCUCGUGAACAUCUGGCUAGAGUCUGCGGAGCGCGAGUACACGAAUUUGUCUAUUACUGCUAGAUAUGUCGCAUUCGAUAGGCUGUUCGCAUCCCUCUUUUAUCGCAUGCUCUGGCUCGCCGGUAUCGAGGAACCACGCUCCUUCGCUAGUGAGGCGGAUAUCGAGAAGAUUACGCGUGGGUAUAUGGAGCUUGAACCAAGGCCUGAUCUUAAGGAGUGCUUCGAUAAGCUCCGAGCAGCCGGAUUCACGGUGCGUGGUCUGACAGCUGGGGACUAUGACAGAGUGCUUGGGUACUUUGACAAGGCGGGCAUUGAGUUCCCAAAGGAGCACCUGAUGUCUUGUGACUCGUUUGGAGUGGGUAAGCCGGACCUCAAGGCAUAUGCCUCGACCUUUGAGGAGUUGAAGGGAGCAAAGGAGCUUUGGUUCGCCGCGGCCCAUAUGUGGGACGUAAGCUCAGCUAAGCAAGUCGGAUUCAAGAGCGCCUAUUGUUCUGUGCUGGAAAAGGAGCCCUGUGUGGACAUCUUUGGGGAGAUGGAUGUCAUGUCGGAUACGUUGAGUGAGAUGGCAGAUAAGAUUAUCCAAGCUUCUUCUUAA